GAGAGGGGGGGGGGGGGGUGAGGUUAAAAGAGAAGAGACGCUGCAGGAGAGCGGCGGCUUCUUGUUUUGUGUUUUUGAGUGAGUGUCCUGACGGAGACAGUUCAGGGAAGUGAUGAUGAUGAUGAUGAUGAUGAUGAUGAUGGGCUGCCCUCAGCCUCCGCGGGCUCAGGUGAGCCCCGGGCUCCAGACCGAGUGCUAGCCAUGUUGCGGCAGACCGAGCCGACCUCCAGCACCCUGCAGCUGGUUGCCAACGAUAUGACCGGCAUCAUGGAGACGCUGGACACCCGCGAGCUCGACCUGGAAGAUGGAGAGUACAACACCACCGACGCCCACGCCUCAGCCGAGCGUUUGCCUUUCAUCGCGGUCUACCGCACGGUGGGGUUCAAGGAGUCCGAGGCCAGCGUCUUCCUGUCCUCUCCGAUCACCGCCAAGAUCCUGGAGGUGGAGCGCUUCACCUCGGCUCAGGACCGCUUCAACAUCACCACGCAGAGGAGCGUCAACAAGUCGUUGCCGGCGGUGUUUAAGAUGGAGCUGAAACACGGAGAGUUCACGUGGCUGGUGAAGAGGAAGGAGAAACACUUCAUGGAUCUGCACAGAGAGCUGAGGACGUACAAGACCUUCAUGAAGCUGCCGCUGCCGACACGAAGAAACACGGUGAAGAGGCAGACGGCGGCGAAGAGCGAAGAGAGGCAGAUGCCGAGCCUCCCCAGAGGAGGAAGAGACGACCUGGGCAGAGAGGACCAAGUUUCCAGUCGCAGGAAACAACUAGAAGAUUACCUGAACAACCUGCUGAAGAUGCCGAUGUACAGGAACUACCACGCAACGAUGGAGUUCAUCGAUGUUAGCCAGCUGUCAUUUAUCCACGAUCUGGGACCAAAAGGCUUAGAAGGAAUGGUGUCGAAGAGAUCCGGCGGCCAUCGGAUCCCCGGGUUGAACUGCUGCGGUCGCAGCAGGAUGUGCUACCGCUGGUCCAAACGCUGGCUGGUGGUGAAGGACUCGUUCCUGCUCUACAUGAAGCCCGACUCGGGCGCCAUCUCCUUCGUGAUGCUGUUCGACAAAGAGUUCAGCAUCAAGAUGGACUCCAAAGACACGGACACCAAACACGGCAUUCGCAUCGACAGUCUGUCCAGAUCACUGGUGCUGAAGUGCAGCAGCUACAGACACGCCCGCUGGUGGGGUCAGGCCAUCGAGGGCUUCGUCCAGAAGCACGGCUCGUUCUUCCUCCAAGACCACCGCUUCGGAUCCUUCGCCAGAGAGGAAGUGAACAUCCCCGCCAAAUGGUAUGUGAAUGGUCGGACGUACAUGGAGGACGUGGCCGACGCUCUUGAAGAAGCCAAAGAGGAAAUAUUCAUCACAGACUGGUGGUUGAGUCCAGAGAUCUUCCUGAAGAGGCCGGUUGUCGAGGGCAACCGCUGGCGUCUGGACUGCAUACUGAAACGCAAAGCGCAACAAGGCGUGCAUGUCUUUGUGAUGCUGUACAAGGAGGUGGAGUUAGCUCUGGGCAUCAACUCAGGAUACAGUAAGAGGACGCUGCUGCACCUCCACCCCAACAUCAAGGUGAUGCGUCACCCAGACCACGUCUCCUCCGCCGUCUACCUGUGGGCGCAUCACGAGAAGAUCAUCAUCGUCGACCAAUCGGUGGCCUUCGUUGGGGGGAUCGACCUGGCGUACGGUCGCUGGGACGACACGGAGCACCGGCUGACGGACGUCGGGAGUGUUACGCUCUCGCACUUGGAGCAGGCUCCAGGUGCCGCCUCCAACGUGUCCGCCUCAGCCAACGGCGGCGGCGGCGGCCGCGCCGUUCCCCAGAGCAACGGGAAAGGAAUCUUUACAGUGACGGACUCGAUGGACCAGCCCAAGCUGAAAGGUCAGAGCAGGAUGAAGAGGACCAGGUUCAGCAUCCGGAGACACCUGCAGAAACACGGGCUGACCCACACCGACAGCGACAGCGACAAAGAGCUGGAGGACGAAGAGAGAAGCGGCUCAGUACGUGGUCUGCACACGGGGGUCGGCGAGUUGUUUGGAAACACGCGGUUCUGGCACGGAAAAGACUACUGCAACUUUGUGCACAAGGACUGGAUUCAGCUGGACAAACCGUUCGACGAUUUCAUAGACAGGCACACAACUCCCAGAAUGCCUUGGCACGACAUCUCCUCGGUGGUUCACGGGAAGGCGGCUCGAGACGUGGCCAGACACUUCAUCCAGCGGUGGAACUUCACCAGGCUGGUGAAGCCAAAGUACCGCGCUCUGUCGUACCCGUAUCUGUUGCCCAAGUCUCACACCACCGCUGGAGAGCAGCGAUACCAAGUCCCCAACAGCAUCCCCGCCAAAGUACAGAUCCUCCGCUCGGCCAGCGACUGGUCCGCUGGCAUCAAGUACCACGAGGAGUCCAUCCACAACGCCUACGUCAGCGUCAUCCAGAACAGCCAGCACUUUGUCUACAUAGAGAAUCAGUUCUUCAUCAGCUGUGCAGACAACAGACACGUUUUCAACAAGAUAGGAGACGCUAUCGCCGAGCGCAUCAUCAGAGCAUACAAGGAGGGUAAAAAGUACCGAGUGUACGUGGUGACGCCUCUGCUGCCGGGCUUCGAAGGAAACAUCAACACCGGAGGAGGCAGCGCCAUCCAGGCCAUCAUGCACUUCAACUACAGGACCAUGAACAGAGGAGACCACUCCAUCAUCUCCCAGCUCAAGAGAGAGAUGGAUGACCAGUGGAUAAACUACAUCUCCAUCGCUGGUUUGAGGACUCACGCGGAGCUAGAAGGGAAGCUGGUCACCGAGCUCAUCUACGUCCACAGCAAGAUGCUCAUCGCCGACGACAACACCGUCAUAAUCGGUUCUGCCAACAUCAACGACCGGAGCAUGCUGGGAAAGAGGGACAGCGAGGUGGCGGUGAUCGUGGAGGACUCGGAGAUGGUGACCUCGGUGAUGGACGGGCAGGAGUACCAAGCUGGGAAGUAUGGCUUGCAGCUCCGCCUCGAGUGCUUCAGGACGAUUUUGGGCGCUAACACGGAUGCCUCCAUCGACGUGUCGGAUCCCCUCAGCGACCACUUCUACAAGGAGGUCUGGAUGGCCACCUGCUCUCGCAACGCCACCAUUUACCAGAAGGUCUUCCGUUGUCUGCCGUCCAGCGACGUCCGUAGCAUCCUGGAGCUGGAGGGCUACCUCGCCAAGCCGGGCCUGGCCCAGGAGGACCUGCCCCGGGCUCAAGAGGAGCUGAAGAGGAUCCGCGGCUUCGCGGUCCAGUUUCCUCUUCAGUUCCUGAGCGAGCAGAACCUGCUUCCUCCCAUGGGCUCCAAGGAGGCCAUGGUGCCCAUGGAGGUCUGGACCUGAGACCGAGGGAUUCACCUGUGCGUUCAUGUGUUCACGCACAGCAUGUGGAAGGCUAACAGGUUCACUACGCCCACUCUGGCGCCAUUUCGGAGGCUGAAAACGGCUGAGCAGCCUUUUUAAAAUCUGUCACUGUUUUAGUGUUUUUUAACUUACUCCGUUACAAAAACAACUAACAGCAUCUGAUAAUAUCUUGUGGCUGACAGGAAUGACGAUACUAACGACCCACGUGACUAACGACUUGCAGGACUGACAAUACUAACGACUCACGUGACUGACGAUACUAACGACUCACGUGACUAACGACUCACGGGAAUGACGGGACAGAUGAUACUAACGACUCACGUGACUAAAGACUGACGUGACAAAAUAAGUCAACGUUGCUCUGACCGUUGAAUAACGCCGUGGGUGGAUUUACAGUGGAGUUAGUUGAAAGCCCGGUUCGUCACAUACUGUUGCUUAAAGGUGCCUCCGUGCGUUUGUUUCCGAUGCCGAGGGGCGCUGACCAAACGGCGGUAUUUGACGCGUUGGGAGUGAGAACAGGUUGUCCUUUAAGAUAACGUUUGAGGUCACAGAUUUAGCUGCAGCCUGAGAGGAAGAUCUGCCUCUUUAGGAGAAGAGACAUUUCUCUUAGCAGCCAAAAUGACUUCCGAAAUGGCGUCAGCUGUGGUUGUGAACAAAGCCUCAGUACCAGCGGUGCCACAUCACACUCUCUUAAAUAACACACAGACACAGUAUCAUUAGAAUAACAUGGAGACUCUCAGAACUGUACUCAUUGUUAUUUUUAAACACAUGCAAACAUGGAGAGAAGUCGACCAGCAGACGGAGCGUUGAACUCGACAGUGCCUGACAACCCGGGCCUCAUGUUUACAAGACGGAAACAAAAAAUAGAAGUGAUCAACUCUGAGGCCCGAAAUGCCUCCUCACCACCAGGCUCUUACUCUACAGUCUCGCUCCUUCACUCUCCAACAACACUAUGCAACGUCCAGCGCCGGCAAAACGCAGCUCUGACUCUUCUGUGUUGAGGGUUUGAAAAGACACUAAAGAGACUUUAAUGAAGACGAACAGUGCAGAGGAAGAGGAUGAAGAGCCGAUCGGUGCUGAAAGACGUCUCCAGCCAUUUUGUCUCAUAUCUCUCUGAAGCUUUUAAUAUUUAUGUCAAACAGGAAAUCACAAGUGCCAAAGAUGACUGUAGCCUGAUGUACAUAACGCUCAUUUACAUUCCUCAUUCUGUGGAUUCUACAUUACGCCUUAAGUGACCUGUUUUUACGCUCUGAUCUGGUCUUUGUAGUUCCUUCGGUAUCGCUUUAAUUUACGGGUCUGUAAUUUCCCUAAUAAUAACAACGUUUUCUGGAAAUAACUACGACAAUUUGGUGCUAAUUACAAUCAAUUAAAAGUUCGUAAUUAAUCACACAUUUUUAAUCAGUUCA